GCACCGAUCUCACAUCAUGCCCAGCCCCGAUGGUGACCUAGCGGAAAUGCCCUUCUCGGACUCGGCUGAUCUGCCGGCGCAGAUCCCGAAUCUCGAAAACCCAAUACCGUACACCUUAGUCAACAGCCGUCCGCUCGACAACACCCAAUUUAUUGCGCCGUACGUGCCUUGCUCGCUGCAGGUUGUGCAGGCUGUCCUGAGAUUCGCAAACAUCCAGAGUAGCGAUGUCCUUGUCGAUCUGGGAUGCGGAGAUGGGCGAAUCCUCUUUGCCGCCCACGAGUCCGAUCGGCCGCCGGCAUUCAGUGUCGGAAUUGAACUCGAUCCCUAUCUCGUCAAGCACGCCAAAGAGAAGGCGCUGCAGCUCGAGCGCCAAGAACGCAUCGCUUUCAUCGAGCAGGAUAUGUUCACCGUCAACCUGGAUCAGCUCGAGCUCGACAGUGGUCAAUGCACUGCUACCGUCCUGAUUCUCUACCUCCUCCCAACGGGUCUCGACAAGCUCAAGCCGCAACUCCAUCGAUGGCUUAACGGAGGGCCCCUGCCAACCUCUGGCGAUGCGGACUGCCAUUUGAGCAGCACUCCUCCAAAGCUGACUCGAUCGUGGUCGGAAUCGUCGUGGUUGCUGUUCUCCAAGCUCUGCCGCUCGGUAUCACUGGCCCUCCGAUCCAAUGAAGUUCGAGAAUCCAGUUGCUCCCCGAACCGCCGAAUUAUCACCAUCACUUACUCUAUUCCAGGCUGGGAGCCCAGCGAAGCUGUCGAAGCCAAGGCAGCCGCCACUAAUACUGCCGGAGGUACCCACGGCUGGAACGUCAACCACUGGUUGUUUCGCUAUGACAAGACCAGCGUGGCCUCGACUCAAUGACCGAAUGUCUCGCGCACAACCAACCGUCACCCGAGACUGUUGGUCACGCAUCCGGCGAAAGGCUUGAUGCCUAGAGAUGGAGGCUUAUUUAUGUAUCUUGAUUUUCAGUCGAAUUCGCUGCAAUCAUAAAUUCUUUGGCCGAGGCCACGAUUA